AUGUUUGUAAAGAGACUGAGAGAUGAUUGUUGUUCUAUUUGUCCCGUCACCGAACGAAGUUGCGUCGCGUCCACACUAAAAAAGAGAAUACCAAAAAAAGAGCGGCUUUUCCUCGCUUUUUACACGGACCCGCGACCCCAACCCGCCACCUCCCGUCCCGCCUGUAGGAAGCCAGGAAAAGAAACGCCCCGCUGUCUUGCCGGCGGCUCGAGUGUUGCCGCGGCCGUAGUCGAUUGUGAACUAGAAAAAAAAAAAAAAAAAAAAAAAACUAGAACAAACUGGAGCGCAGAGCUAAAGGGCCGUUUCUUCUCCUCGCCCGUUGCAGGUGUGCGGACGUCGACGGAAAUCGUUACGCGGCACUUUAUCGACGUGGAGCGCGGCGUACCGCUGAAGGUGCACGCGCGGCCGCGCAUCGUGGGCCGGCGGCCGGACGCGAUCGUGAACAUCGAGACGGACGUGUUCCAAGAGAAGUCGUACAAGCAGUACUCGUCGCAGCAUUUGCGGGACGCUCUCAUCGCCGUCAAGAAGGGGUACAGCGUGUACGCGGCGUCCAACAAGUACGGCGUGCCGCGCAAGACGCUGCGCAACUGGAUGGAGAAGUACGACAUCAAGAGCCAGUUCUCGAAGGGCCGCCGCGGCGCCAGGAGCCAGAUGCUCGACCCGCUGGACCUGAUGCGCGAGGCCAGGUCCGAGAGAUCGAUACAGAUAACGGAAACACUGAGGAGUAACACGAUUCCCGCAGACUUCGCGAUAGCCAACGUGCAGUGCCAGUACGACAGCGCGUCGGACAACGACACGGAGACGGAGCGACCGGCGGCACGACCGCCCGACGACCACACGUACGACCUCCGCGACGAGCCGCCCGCCUUCAUCAUACACCAAGUCAACAACACGCCCCAGCUUCAGAGCUCCGCGCCGUACGUUGAGGUGCGCCCGAAAAUCAUGACAAUAGGCCCCGGGUACACCCCGGGAGUGAACGUGAUACACGUGGGUGAUCGGCCCCAAAUCGGCCCCAACACCGAGCGUCUGAUGGUGACGACCCCGAUGGUAUCGCAGACCACGCCGCCGGCCGAGUACAGCAUAAACAAGAGGAUCAGACGCAGCGAGGUGGUGCUCCGGCAGGCGGCGGACUGCGUCAGCCGCGGCCUCACCUUCCAGACGGUCUCGGAGCAGUUCAACAUACCCAUAUCCACGAUACGAUUCUUCAUGGCGCGCAAGGGCAUUCUGCCGCAGCGACGACGCGGCCGCAGCGCACAGCUGAACCGCACCUGCAGCAGCCCAGAGCCGCCCUUCCACAUGCAGCACUUCAAGCUGCCCGACAUGAUGACCCUCCGGCCGGAAGAGGGGGACACCAGCUCGCAACCGGACGUCAAGCUGCAG